CUACUGACUCGCAACCACCGAUCUAUUUUGAUACGGCAAGGGUUCCAUCUCAUGUGCAUCCUUGCCCACGAUCCCACGACCUCCUUGCUCCUUGACCUCAGCCGUUCAAAGCCAAGAAGAUCUAGAUCGACCUGUGUAGGGGAUAGAUGAAGGAGCGGUGCAUCCCUCAUUCCUCAAACUUUGCCCUCGAUCGCCUCUUUCGUUCCCUCCAUCUGCCCAAGAAGGCACAUAUCCUGCGGAUCCCGGAAUCGAUAUUCUGGUAUAUCAAGUCUUCAUAAAAGUCUUUCACUCUCACCACACGUUCAAUUCCUCUUCGCCUCGAACAGAAAUGAACAUCGGCAUCUUCCCUGCAGCAGGAGCUUUGGGAGGCUCUACGCUCAACCACCUGCUCUCUCAGGUAGACCCGCAGCAAGUCACCUUGAUUUCUCGACACCCUCAGAAGCUGUCUUCUCAGGGAGAUCAAGGAGCUACCUUGCGAAAGGCUGAUUUCGAUGAUGCUGCCUCGUUGGAUGGCGCUUUCGAGGGGAUCAAAACUUUAAACUUGAUCUCGUAUCCGACAUUCGAGUUUGAACAUCGUGCCAUGGUCGCUAAAAGAGCCAUCGACUCGGCUAUCGCCCAAGGAGUCCGUCACAUCUUCUACUCUUCCCUUGCUUUCGCCAAAGACGGCUCAACCACCUCGAAAGCCCAUGUCAUGUUAGCCCACCUCGCUACCGAAGCUCACCUUCGAGCUCAGGUUGAUGCCCACCUGGGGUUCAGCUAUACCGUCAUCCGACAAGGACUUUACCACGAGAGCUGGCCUGUCUACCUGCCCGGGCUGGACAUUGCCCAUCCUCCUGAGACGGGCGAGAUCGUUUUACCUCAUUCGGGUGAUCCGCCAGGCCUAGCAUGGGCAAAGAGGGACGAACUAGGAGAAGCGACAGCUCGCCUGAUUGCAGACUAUCAGCAAAACCCGAGUUCCUUCCCUUACAUCAACAAGUCCAUCAACCUGUCUGGACCUCGAGCUUAUUCCCUGUCCGAGACGGCCGAAAUCAUCGGAAAAGCCGUCGGUCGGGAUCUUCGUAUCAGACAACUCGACAUGGACUCCUAUGUCCAGGCAAGGAAAGAGCAGGAAGCGAAGGAGUCCACCGAAUUGGCAUACGGUUCUGGUGAACUAGCCAGGUUAUGGGCCACGGUGUAUGGAGCGAUCGAGGACGGGGAGGCCGCUGUGGUUACACCUCACCUGCGAGAAUGGCUGGGAAGGGAACCGGAGGCGUUCGAGGUCACGAUCAGGGCAAUGGUCGAGGGCAGCAAGAAGGAAUAGGCGAUUGUGCGUCUGUAAAUCUGUAAUACGACAUAGAUCACCUCGAUGAGUUUAACUGUUUUACGAGCAGCUACAGUUCUGUUGUUCACACUACUACACACAUGUAUCGAUACAAGCUAUAUGAUCUAUCCCUAACGAUCUACUGCUUAAUGAAACGACAAAACCAUACACCGAUUCUUCAAGCCUUCCCUUUGCCUUUCGAGCGGGGUAUCUCGGGUCCAGGCGUGAUCUCUGGGUCGAUGGUCGUUUCGUCCUAGGGGAACGGAUCAAUAUCAAUUUCUGGGCAAGUAUGCUCGCCGGACUGUAGGAAGGUAUGCUUACAGGUUGACACUGAUUGAUGCAAGGGGAAAUCAGAGAUGUCAGCGAUCAUGUAAAGCUUGUGAUGAUGAUGGCGUUCUAUAGUCACCUCCGCGUCAAACGCUACCUCGG